AUGUCGAUCCUGCAAAAAAUCCAAGACAUCGAAGAUGAGAUGGCCCGUACACAGAAGAACAAGGCAACGAAUGCUCAUUUGGGAAUGCUUAAAGCUAAGCUGGCCAAGCUUCGCCAAGAGCUCAUCACACCUAAGGGAGGUGGCGGAGGUGGAGGCGAAGGUUUUGACGUCGCAAAAACUGGCGACGCUCGCGUUGGUUUCGUGGUAAAUGGGCAUAAGUAA